UGAAUACUACACCUAUACAUGGCUACAGUCAACAUCAGCCCUCCCUCCUCCCUUUGCUAGAAAGCCACAGCGACCUCGAAGACAACCGGAAACACCACUACCCUUCUCAUCUUCCGUAUUGUCAACGAAGUUGUUGUACACACUACUCGACUCUACCUCCCUUUGAUCCGCUGUCCAUUUUCUACCUCAGGCAGUCUGACGGGGGCGAAGUACUUGUCCAUUGCGAUAAUCAAACCAUAUCUACCUCAGGAAUCCAGCAUUCUUAUUCGGCAUCGCGUACUUCCAGCGAACUUCUCAUCUUCUUCGGCUGACCACGUUCUACGCAUGCGGAGGCCUUUAAUUCCAACAGUUCGAGAUCUUGACUUUCUCCACCGCCAUGCGCCCAGUCAUUCUUUGCACUGUCCUUGCCAGCCUUGCAGCCGUACUUGCAGACUCCCUACCUCCACGGAACUACAAUACACAUGACUAUUAUGCUGUGCACUUAGACCCGAGCAUCGCUCCAGCUGAGUUCGCGAAUCACGUCGGUCUCCUGUAUGAAGGCGCACUCGGCUCAAUAAAAGACCACCAUCUCUUUAAGUGCGGGAAAAAUGACGGCGACAUUGUUGAAGAUGCCAUACAAGAAUUAAAAAGGCGCAGGAGAAAGAGGGAGAUCGGUCUCGAUAGGCACAUCCUUGAUGGUAUCAGAUUCAACCAGAAGCAGAAGCUAAAGCCUCGGAUGGUGAAGCGAACUGCGCCCCGAUUGGUACCCAGAGAAGGGUUGCCUGCUGAAGACACGUCUGCCGUUGCUCAGCGGAAGAUUGCCGAGACGCUGAACAUACAGGACCCAAUUUUCAAUGAACAGUGGCAUCUAUUCAAUACGCAUACCCCAGGGAAUGAUCUCAACGUGACCGGAGUCUGGAUGCAAGGAAUCACUGGUAAAAACUCAACUGUAUGCAUUGUCGAUGAUGGACUGGAUAUGGACAGCGAUGACCUCCGGGACAAUUACUUUGCGGAAGGCUCAUACGACUACAACGACCAUGGUCCCGAGCCAAAGCCGCGGCUUUCAGAUGAUAGGCACGGAACAAGAUGUGCCGGCGAAGUUGCAGCUGGCAAGAAUAAUGCUUGCGGUGUUGGUGUUGCUUAUGAUUCAAGGGUAUCGGGCGUGCGAAUUCUCUCCGGCGAGAUCUCCGACGCCGAUGAAGCUCUGGCCGUCAACUAUAAGAUGCAAUUGAACGACAUCUACUCGUGUUCCUGGGGACCACCAGACGAUGGGAAAACUAUGCAGGGGCCUGGUAUCCUAAUCGAGAGAGCAAUGGUUACAGCUGUCCAACAGGGCCGAGGUGGUAAAGGCUCGAUCUAUGUUUUCGCGGCCGGAAACGGUGCGGCAAACGAUGAUAAUUGUAACUUCGACGGCUACACGAACAGCAUAUAUAGUGUCACAGUUGGUGCUAUUGACCAGAAGAACAACCACCCAUACUACUCGGAGCAAUGCUCUGCGCAGCUUGUCGUUACAUAUAGUAGCGGCAGCGGCGAAGCGAUUCAUACAACGGACGUUGGCGCCAACAAGUGCACAGCACAACAUGGGGGUACAUCGGCAGCGGGGCCCCUUGGGGCAGGCAUAUACGCACUUCUUCUCGAAGCCCGGCCAGAUUUGUCAUGGAGAGAUGUACAGUGGCUCACUGUCAUGACCGCGGUUAAGUUUGAAGCAACUAGCGAUUGGCAAGUGACUGCUUUAGGACGGGAGUUUAGUCAUCAGUUCGGAUACGGUAAGUUGGACGCUGGGGCACUAAUUGACAAAGCCAAGGAUUGGAAGACUGUCAAGCCACAAGCAUGGUAUUAUUCUCCUUGGAUGCACGUGAAGCACGAGAUACCACAAGGCGAUCAGGGCCUUGCAAGUACAUUCGUUGUCACAGAGGAAGCUCUAAAGAAAGCCAAUCUCGAUAAGGUCGAGCACAUCACCCUCACCAUGAAUGUUGAGCACACUCGACGAGGCGAUCUCAGUGUCGAGCUACGAAGUCCAAGCGGUAUCGUCAGCCAUCUUGCAACAGCUCGCAAGAACGAUGAGGCGUCAAGCGGUUACGUUGACUGGACGUUUAUGUCAGUUGCUCACUGGGGCGAAUCCGGCAUUGGAGAAUGGAUUGUCAUUGUGAAAGAUACCGUACAAAAUGAACAUUCGGGAAACUUCACGGAUUGGCGACUUCGGCUUUGGGGUGAAUGCGAUAAUGCAGACAUACAAGAGCUGCGUCCUAUCCCUGGGGAGCACGAUGACGAUGAUCACGAUGAGGUUAACACUGUGACGCCGCACACGACUACUAUUGUUGUGCCCACACCGACUGGUGAUCCUGCACCUGGCAACCCUACUGACCACCCCGAACGUCCCGUGAACCAGCGACCAAGUACCACCGCUGGACCCUCCUCCACUGAGCCUACUGCAAAGCCCGAAGAGACGCCUAAACCGACACAGGACAACUUCCUGCCAUCUCCAUUCCCGACCUUUGGCGUAUCUAAGCGUACCCAAAUCUGGAUCUAUGGCGCUGUUGCUUUGAUCCUCAUGUUCUGCUGUAGCCUCGCAGCGUAUUUCUUUAUUGCUAGACGCCAAAGAUUGCUUAACAGCGCCCGCGAAAAUUACGAAUUCGAGAUUCUCGAAGACCAGGCAGACGGUGCGACCACUGGUCUGAGGUCUGGUAGGAGAAAGCAACGUGCAGGGGAAUUGUAUGAUGCAUUCGCCGGUGGUAGUGAUGAGGAUCUUUUCAGCGAUGAUGAUGAGGAUGACAAUUACCGCGAUGAGAAGGGCUAUGAUGAAGACGCGGAGGAGUACACGGAGAAGAGCAGAUUACAACAUGGCGUUGAUAGCGGGAGUGAAGGGUCUGGGUCGGGACCAGCCAGAUAAUGACCAUCCGAUGGUAUUUACUAUUUUCUCAUAGACAAGCCUUUAUUUCAUGUUGUCAGAUCCUGCCAAUAUCGCACUUGAUCGUGUGUGACCGCAUUGUCUACCACUGUCAUCGCGAGGUCAGUCGCACAUACUGAACAACUUACUUCGGCCUUACGAUCAUCUUCGUUCCUUUUGAACACAGUGUUGAUCCAUAAUUUGUUGUUCUCCACGGUUUCUCCACAUCCCUAGCCGAUCUUUCACAUAUACUUGCAUUUGAUGGAUCCCGGCCACUUGUUUUCAGUCUUCUUGAAGUUCACUAUAUGUAGUUGCUUACACACAAUAUGAGAGGCAGCAGACAAACUAUUACCUGGCGACGGUCAAUUCGGCACACGCCCAUACACACACAGUCACGCGCGGGCGAACGAACGAAAGGGUGACUUUACCGCCUCUACUAU